AUGUCGGCAUUGGGAGCUGCUACUGCGCGAGCAGUCACUCGACGGGCAGCGUCCUCGACCCUUCGUUCUCGAGCUCUCCGCCUUGCUAGACCUUCAUAUACCCCCCUCGCUGUACAGCAGACAUCUUCCCAACGAACAUAUUCCUCCCCGUCGGGAUCGUAUCCCUCGACAAGGUCAACGGUGGUACAGUUGCUCAGUAACAUUGGCUCCAAGAGGGAGGUUCAACAGUACUUGUCACACUUCAGCUCGGUUUCGUCCCAGCAAUUUGCAGUCAUCAAGGUCGGCGGAGCCAUUUUGACCGAGCAUCUGCAGACUCUGUCCUCCGCCCUUGCAUUCCUUAACCAUGUCGGGCUCUAUCCAGUGGUGGUUCACGGUGCUGGGCCACAGCUGAACAAGAUUCUGGAGGAUUCCGGGGUCGAACCACAUUUUGAGGACGGAAUUCGGGUUACAGAUCCCAAGACACUGGGCAUCGCACGAGCGCUGUUUCUCGAGGAGAAUUUACGGCUGGUAGAGGAAUUGGAGCGUCUAGGUGUUCGAGCCAGACCAAUCACCUCUGGGGUUUUUACAGCGGAUUAUCUUGACAAGGAGAAAUACAACCUCGUGGGCAAGAUCAGACGUGUUGAUAAGAGACCAAUCGAAGCUGCCAUCCAGGCAGGAUGCCUGCCCAUCUUGACGUCCAUGGCCGAGACAUCGGACGGCCAGGUCUUGAACGUGAAUGCGGAUGUCGCGGCCGGUGAGCUAGCGCGAGCGCUCCAGCCUUUGAAGAUUGUCUACCUCUCCGAGAAGGGUGGGUUGUUCAAUGGCGACACGAAGGAGAAGAUCUCCGCCAUCAACUUAGAUGAAGAAUAUGAUCACCUCAUGCAACAGUGGUGGGUUCGGCACGGUACCAGGUUGAAGAUCAAGGAGAUGAAGGAGCUCCUUAUGGAUCUGCCUCGCAGCUCGAGCGUUGCCAUCAUUCACCCAGCUGAUUUGCAAAAGGAGCUGUUCACGGAUUCUGGAGCCGGUACUCUGAUUCGACGGGGCAACAAAGUCCAUGUCAACACCUCUAUCGACCAGUUUAAAGACCUCGACAAACUGAAGGAAGUCCUCAUCCGUGAUCGAGCCGGACUUGACGCCCCCGCCAUUGUGGAUCGCUACAUCAAGUUCCUCCAUACACGAGACUUCAAGGCUUACUUCGAUGAACCAAUGGAGGCGUUUGCCCUUGUCCUGCCACCAAGUGCAGAGACAACAUUGGCUCAGCUGGCAACCUUGACCAUCACCAGGAAUGGCUGGCUUACCAACGUAGCAGACAAUAUCUUCGCCGCCAUCAAGAAGGAUUUCCCCAAGCUGAUGUGGACUGUCAAGGAAGACGAUGAGAACUUGACUUGGUUCUUCGACAAAGCUGAUGGUAGUCUCUCCAAAGACGGCGAAGUCCUCUUCUGGUACGGUCUUGAGACCAGCGAUGAGGUUAAGGACCUUAUGGUCGAAUUCACGAAACACGGCCGUCAGUUGUUUGGUGAUAUCAAUCUCGAGGCCAAGCUGCACCGUGCAGCCAGAGCGGCAUCCAAUGUAGCCAACACUACUACUCAAGGGGUGACACAGAAGCGGACUUUCUCAACGUCGGCGAAUCCAUUACGUUCAGCACGACAAGCAAGAUAUGUCACCAAGCCUGCUCUUUCUAUUCGCACAUACUCCACGACCAAUCCGAACCCACCUCUAGGUUCCAAGAACAGCUCCAACAGCAAGCCUUCGCGGGUAGCCCUUAUUGGAGCUCGAGGCUAUACCGGAAAAGCUCUUAUCGACCUCCUUAAUCGCCAUCCCCACAUGGAUCUGCGUCAUGUAUCGUCGCGGGAGCUUGCUGGCAGGAAGCUUGAGGGAUAUGACAGGCGCGAAAUCAUCUACGAAAACCUGACCGUGGAAGACGUUCGACAAAUGGAAGAGAAUGAAGAUGUGGAUUGCUGGGUUAUGGCCCUGCCCAACGGUGUUUGCAAGCCAUUUGUCGAUGCCAUCGAUCAGGUCGGCAAAAACAGUGUCAUUAUCGAUUUAAGCGCCGACUACAGAUUCGAUCCGAACUGGACUUAUGGUCUACCGGAACUAGUUGACCGGUCCGCCAUAGCAAGGGCUACAAGAAUCUCGAACCCAGGCUGCUAUGCUACAGCCGCACAAUUAGGCAUUGCGCCUUUGGUGCCAUACUUGGGUGGUCAACCAACAGUGUUCGGCGUCUCAGGGUAUUCAGGUGCAGGCACCAAACCGUCUCCGAAGAACGACGUCAACAAUCUCACAGACAACAUCAUUCCAUACAGUCUCACGGACCAUAUCCAUGAACGCGAGAUCUCCACCCAACUAGGUACAUCGGUGGCAUUUAUACCCCAUGUUGCUGUCUGGUUCCAGGGCAUCCAUCAUACAAUUAACAUUCCGCUCAACCAAGAAAUGAAGUCUCGCGACAUCCGAACGCUUUAUCAAGACCGCUAUGCCGGGGAAAAACUGUUGAAGAUUAUUGGUGAAGCGCCCCUUGUGAAGAACAUCGCCAAAAAGCACGGUGUGGAAGUUGGCGGGUUUGCAGUCCACAGCAGUGGAAAGAGAGUGGUCGUUUGCGCAACUAUUGACAACCUUUUGAAAGGAGCAGCAACACAGUGUCUUCAAAACAUGAAUUUGGCUCUGGGUUAUGGGGAGUACGAGGGUAUUCCUAUUGAGUAG